AUGAGCGGAGAUAAGAUGGACGUCGAGGUCGCGGAGCAGAAGAUGAACUCCAUGGAGCACAGCGAGCAGCACUACUUCAAGAGCUACGAUCACCAUGGUAUUCACGAGGAGAUGUUGAAAGAUGAGGUCCGAACACGAUCGUAUAUGAACGCCAUUAUGCAGAACAAGCACAUUUUUAAGGACAAGGUCGUUCUCGAUGUUGGCUGUGGAACCGCCAUUCUCUCCAUGUUUGCUGCUAAGGCCGGUGCUAAGCAUGUUAUUGGUGUCGACAUGUCCACCAUCAUUUUUAAGGCCCGUGAGAUCGUCAAGAUUAACGGCCUUUCUGACAAGAUCACUCUUCUCCAGGGCAAGAUGGAGGAGGUUGAGCUCCCCUUCCCCAAGGUCGACAUCAUCAUUUCCGAAUGGAUGGGAUACUUCCUCCUUUACGAGUCCAUGCUUGACACCGUCCUCUACGCCCGUGACACUUACCUUCAGAAGGAUGGCUUGAUCUUCCCCGACAAGGCCACCAUCUUCUUCGCCGGUAUUGAGGAUGGCGACUACAAGGAGGACAAGAUUGAGUUCUGGAACGAUGUUUACGGUUUCGACUACACCCCCCUCAAGGCCACUGCUCUCUGUGAGCCCCUCGUUGACACUGUCGAGGUCAAGGCUGCUGUCACCGACCCCGCUCCUGUCCUUACCCUCGAUCUUUACACCUGCACCGUCGCCGACCUGGCUUUCCAAGUGCCCUUUAAGCUCUCCGCUAAGCGCGACGAUUUCAUCCACGCCCUGGUGUCGUGGUUUGAUAUUGACUUCACCGCCUGCCACAAGCCUAUCCGCUUCUCAACAGGUCCCCACACCAAGUACACUCACUGGAAGCAGACCGUUUUCUACUUUGAGGAUGUCCUCACCGUCCAGCAGGGCGAGGAGAUCCAGCUCAACCUUGAUGUCCGACCUAACGAUAAGAACAGACGUGAUCUUGACAUCAAGAUUGCCUACGAGCUCGAGACCCAGGACGCCAACCGCUCCUCCAAGGGCGCUCUCGAAUACCGCAUGUGCUAA